UCCAAUUUGCAAAUUCUUAUACACGUUACCAAAGAAUCGUUCAGCAAAACCUGAACACAUUCAAGGCUCAGAGACACAGGAAAAACCAAACCCACUGGUUGUGGCUGUCCGGAAAGAUCUGAUCUGAUAGUGUGAAUGUUUUUAAACUACGUUCACUUCCUCUAUGUGCUUUCCGUACCAUUUGACUUCACCGCGGAGCACUGAGUCUGGAGAUAAUGCAACGUUCAGUGUUUGCCGCGUGAAGGUCAGUUAAUCGUUUCCUUAAUGAGUUUAAUGCAACACUUUUCAUAUCACAGUGCAAUAUAUAUUUUUCUGGUUCUAUCUGUAGCCUGUAUUUCCUGUCCAUGUGGCAUAAACCACUUUCACUUUUAUAAUAUGCAAAAAAAAAAAGUGAUUUUUAAAGUAUGUUAUGUAAUUCAAAGAUAAGAUCUGAUGAAUCAAAAAGCUUUGUAAGACACUCAUGGCUCCUGCAACCAGUUUUCUUGUAGUUAUCAACGAAACAUUUGCAGAAGGAGUCAACAGAGGAAGUGCAGUCACUUCUGUGUUUAAACGUAACCAUUUUUCUGUCUUGGCGUAAUGCGGCUGUCAGUUAAACGGUCAGUUGUACUCCUGCUAACCAUCUUCGGAACUUAUACGCUUACUAGGACUCUAUAUGAGGUGCUAACAUGCCCUGGAGAGGUUCCCAGAACUCAUGUGGUGUCUAUAGGGGUUCAAAACUUGAACCAGACACUGUAUCGGUAUGACCAGAACACACCGAUGGUGUUUGUGGGAGGGGUUCCACGAUCAGGGACCACCUUGAUGCGUGCCAUGCUAGAUGCCCACCCUGACAUCCGCUGCGGGGAGGAGACGCGGGUGAUCCCCAGGAUGCUGUCUCUGCGGCAGGGCUGGGGGAGGCAGACAGAGGAGCGCUGGGCGCUGGAGGAAGAGGGAGUCAGUCAAGAGAUGCUGGAUGCUGCGACCAGAGCAUUCCUGCUGGAGAUCAUCGCACGGCACGGGGAUCCUGCACCACUGCUGUGCAAUAAAGACCCCUUUACACUGAAGAGUGCCCUUUAUCUGUCAUACAUUUUCCCCAACUCUAAAUUCCUGCUAAUGCUCAGAGACGGCCGGGCGUCUGUGCACUCUAUGAUCUCCAGACGAGUGACUAUUGGUGGCUUCAACCUGUCUAGCUACAGGGACUGUCUAACUAAAUGGAGCAAUGCAGUCGAAGUCAUGUUCUCCCAGUGUAUGGCAGUAGGCCGGAGUCGCUGUAUGACCGUCCGCUAUGAGGAUCUGGUGCUGCAACCACGAGCCACUAUGCAGCGUGUGCUGCACUUUCUGAAAUCACCAUGGCACGAAGGUGUGCUUCACCAUGAGGAGGCCAUCGGGCAGCCUGGAGGAGUAUCACUGUCUCGAAGUGAACGCUCCACAGAUCAGGUGAUCAAACCAAUUAACUUGGAAGCCCUCACACGCUGGGUAGGCCACAUCCCAGCAGACGUCCAGCAGGACAUGGAGAACAUCGCACCAAUGCUGAGCAGGCUGGGCUACAACCCCAAAGCCAAUCCACCAGACUAUGGUCCACCCGAUCCGGAAGUGAUCAACAAUACUGAAAGGGUACUGAGAGGAGAUUUUAAAACUCCCACAAGACUGAAAAGAUUGGUACAAGGAUCUCCAAAUAUAGUUUUUAAAGAAGGUAGAAACUGAACAGAGUCAUUGGUUGCAGUAUGUGCUCGAGUUCAGCUUUGGAUAACUUCACCACAAUUUUGUGCCAUACAGAUACAGAAAAACGCGAGAAGGAAAUGAGGAGCAUCUUUAUGCUAUAGCUGUGGUUACUGGGGUCUGAUUUCGAUGUUGCCAGCAUCCAUUAGAAUAAAAAUGUGAUUAAAUCUUAUUGUGUACCAAAAUGUUGUUAUGCAAUAGACUGAUGUCAAAGAAACAAUUCUCAGGAAGGACAUUAAACCCUGGACAGAGAUCAACAUUUUUACUUCCUGAUGCGCUCAGAAGAGUAUUGUUUGCUUUGUUUAUCGAACAAAGCUUGCCAUAAUUCAGUUACACUGGACUUCCUGAACAAUGCAGUUUUUUUUGUCUUGUUUUGGGAAAUGAGAAGAGUGUGAUGCACUUGGUGUCGAACUGAAUGUUGUUGCUAUGUGCCUGCAUGCAUUUCCUUGACCUAACUAUUAAAUUGAGUCAUUGUUCUUUU